UCAGGGCAAGGCAGACUGACAGUAUGGCGGCGGGGUGCAGCUGGAAGGAUGCUACUGUCGCCCGUGAUGUGUCUGUCGCCGGCAGGAUGUGAAUGGACUAUUGACGGCACAAAGAGCAGAGGAUUUAGCGCGAAAGGCCUGUCGCCGUGAGCCUCCAAGAUGGCCAGGCUCGCCGACUACUUUGUUGUGGUCGGUUACGACCUCGAGAAGCGAGUGGAAGGUGAAGGUCAAGGUCGCAUUCUCCAGCGGUUUCCUGAGAAAGACUGGGAGGACAGCCCAUUCCCACAAGGCGUAGAGCUGUUCUGCCAACCCAGCGGUUGGCAGCUGGUUCCCGAUCAGCUGCCUCCCUCCUUCUUCGUAGCGGUUUUGACUGACAUCAACUCGGACCGUCACUAUUGUGCCUGCUUCACCUUCUGGGAGGGCCUGGACAACCCCCAGCUGCAGAAGGCUGAGGCCAGCGAGGCGGACGAAGCAGAUGAGGUGCUCUCCGUCGUCCAACCAGCUAAGAUCUUUGCCCCCAAGAGCUUGGUGCUGGUGUCCCAGUUGGAUUACACCGAGGUGUUCAGGAACUGCCUGGGGCUGAUCUACACCGUCCACGUAGAUGGUCUGUCUGCGCCCUUGGAAACAGUUGUCGGGAAUCUCCUCACUUGUGUCAUCCCCAUCGCUGGAGGCUCCCAGCCGGGCCAGGAGCAGAGAGAGGAGAGUUUGCGGACUAUAACAUUAGGUGCUGGCGACCGGCAAGUCAUCCAGACUCCGAUCAACGAGUCUCUUCCUGUCAGUGGCAGCAGUGUGGCCCAGCUCUUCAGACAGCUCGGUAUAGCCAAUGUUCUCUGUCUGUUCUGCGCCGCCCUGACGGAGCAUAAAAUCCUGUUCCUGUCCAGCAGCUACCAGAGACUCACGGACGCCUGCCGGGCGUUGCUGGCCAUCAUGUUUCCUCUCAAAUACAGCUUCACUUACAUUCCCAUCCUACCUGGAAAACUCCUCGAGGUCCUGAGCACCCCCACGCCCUUCAUCAUUGGUGUCAAUUCUUUCUUCCGCUCUGAGACUCAAGAGCUGCUGGACGUGAUCAUUGCCGACCUGGAUGGAGGCACAGUUACCAUCCCCGAGUGCGUCCACAUCUCCCUGCUGCCUGAACCUCUGCUGCAGCAGACCCAGACUGCACUCUCCAUGGUUUUGGAUCCGGAGCUGGAAGUUGCCGAUCAUGCAUUCCCCCCACAGUCCACGCAACCCUCUGCUCUCAAAAUCCAGGACAAGGAGAUCCGAGCGGUCUUUCUGUGGCUGUUCGCUCGGCUCUUCCAGGGCUAUCGCUGGUGUUUACAUAUCAUCCGCAUUCACCCAGAGCCUGUGAUUCGCUUCCAUAAGGCUGCCUUCCUGGGCCAGAGGGCGUUGUCAGAGGACGACUUCCUCACCAAGGUGUUAGACGGCAUGGCGUUCGCCGGCUUUGUGUCGGAGAGAGGUCCCCCCUACAGAGCCACCGACCUGUUUGAUGACCUGGUAGCAAACCAGGUGGAGCGGAUACGACAAGAGGAGGCCUGUCCGCACAAAGUCAUGAACCAUGCCAAGGAGGUUGCAGAGCAGCUCUUCAAAAAUGAGAAUCCCUACCCUGCUGUGGCCAUGCACAAAAUCCAGCGACCAUCAGAAAGCAGUCAGAACAACGCACAGAAUCAGGCGCCUUUCCCCUUGCUGGACGACGUAGCGGUGCAGCUGUUCAUCGAUCACGCUGCUGCCAAGCUCAAGACCGCACCUCCCGCCGUCAAGCCGGAGCUCAAGAGCAUGGUGCCAUCUGGGCCGCCGCUGGGAGAUAUCGUGGACAGGAACGGCAACGUGAUGGCUAACAGCGCUCGCAGGCUGGAGGUGGUCAGGAACUGCAUCACGUACAUUUUUGAGAACAAAAUGCUGGAGGCCAAGAAGCUGAUGCCAGCGGUGCUGCGGGCGUUGAAGGGUCGGGCAGCUCGCGUGUGUUUGACUCAGGAGCUCAAUCAACAUGUCCUGCAGAACCGAGCUGUACUGGAUGACCAGCAGUUUGACUACAUUGUGCGCAUGAUGAACUGCACCUUACAGGACUGUUCACACAUGGAUGAACACGGGAUCGCGGCGGCGCUUCUUCCCCUGGUCACAGCCUUCUGCAGAAAACUGGGAGCAGGCGUCACCCAGUUUGCCUACAGCUGUGUGCAGGAGCACAUGGUGUGGACCAACAUGCAGUUCUGGGAGGCCAUGUUCUACAGCGACGUCCAGAACCACAUCCGACACCUGUACCUGGAGACGGAGGACGGAGGGCAGCACAACAACUUGGAACAGCACGUCGCCUCGAGCAACAGAAGGGAAAUCGGCGCCCUGGAGCUGGCGUCAGAGCAGAGCCGGCUGUGGCCGACGCUCAGCAAAGAAAUGCAGAUGGAGCGCGUGCAGAAGGAGGAGAGCACAGUAUUCAGCCAGGCCAUCCACUACGCCAACAGGAUGAGCUACCUGCUGCUCCCGCUGGACACCAGCAAGAACCGGCUGCUGCGGAGCUCCGGCCUCGGAGACGUGGAGAGCGUCAGCAACAGCUACGUCACAAACAGUAUUGCAGGCAGCAUGGCGGAAAGCUACGACACGGAGAGCGGCUUUGAAGACGCCGAGAGCUCAGACGUGGCCAACUCUGUGGUGCGCUUCAUUAACCGCUUUGUCGAUAAAGUGUGCAAUGAGAGCGGCGUGACCAACGAGCACCUUAAAGCUCUCCACGCCAUGAUACCAGAUAUCGUUCAAAUGCACAUCGAGACGUUAGAAGCAGUCCACAGGGAGAGUAAGAGACUGCCUCCCAUCCAAAAGCCCAAGCUGCUGAGGCCGACUCUGUUGCCUGGCGAGGAGCUGGUGAUGGAAGGCAUGCGUGUUCACCUAAUCCCCGAUGGGCGCGAGGAGGCCACGGGGCUAAUGGGAGGUCCACCGCUACUGCCAGCGGAGGGCGCCAUCUUCCUUACCACGUACCGGCUCAUCUUCAAGGGCACGCCCACCGAUCCACUGGUUGGAGAGCAGACAGUCACUCGCUCCUUCCCCGUCGCCUCCCUGACAAAGGAGAAGAGGAUAUCGGUCUCGUUAACAAUGGACCAGUUUGUCCAGGAGGGGCUCCAGCUGCGGUCCUGCACCUUCCAGCUUAUGAAGAUUGCAUUUGAUGAGGAGGUGGCGUCUGAUCUGGCGGAAGUUUUCAGAAAGCAUUUGCACAAACUGCGUUACCCUCAGCAUGUGCAGGGCACCUUCGCCUUCACUGUGGGUCAGAGUGGCAAAAUGGUGGUGGAGCACAAGACGAAGGACAAGAACCAGUCGCUCAAGACUCUUUCCAAAAACCUGGUGAAGAGUGCCAAGAGAACCAUUGGCCGCCAAUAUGUGACCAAGAAGAAGUACUCUCCUCCCACCUGGGAGAACAGGAGCAGCUUCCAGUCAGAGCUGGAUGAAGAUGAAAUCUCAGUCUCAGAGGAAGUGGACCAGAGCUCCCUGACCCUGUCCUCCACCAUCCGCUCAUCAGACAGACAGACCAUGAGCAACGUUGUAGAGCGAGCCUGUUGUCGUGACUACCAGCGUCUGGGUCUGGGGACGCUUAGUAACAGCCUGACGCGGUCUAAGAACGAGCCCUUCAGGAUUUCCACCGCUAACCGCAUGUACACUGUGUGCAGGAGCUACCCCGGCCUGCUGAUCGUCCCUCAGAGCAUCCCAGACUCAACUAUCAACAGAAUCUGUCGCUGCUACCGACAGAACCGCUUCCCUGUGGUGUGCUGGAGGAAUUCACGGACCAAGGCCGUCCUGCUGCGCUCAGCGGGGCUUCACGCCAAGGGGGUGGUGGGCUUCUUCAAGUCUCCCAAUGCUCCCACUGCAGUGCCCUCUCAGGCCGACUCCACCAGUCUGGAGCAGGAGAAGUACCUCCAUGCCAUCAUCAUCUCCAUGCCUUCUUACAGUGAGAAUAGUGGCAGAAACACGCUGAGUGGCUUCACAUCCACACACAUGAACACCUCUGACUCAUCAGAUAAGCUGAGGCAGCCCAAGAUCGGAGCGCUGAUGAAGCAGGUGAUGGGCGCCAAGGAGGACGCUCCUGGAACCUUCAGCAGAGGAGCUCUGGGUCAAAGGGCCAAAGUCAUCUCCCUCUCUCAGCCCAAAGUGUCUGGCAAGGCCAGGAACCCUCCUAGAGGUAAAUGGGGCAGUAUCCGAGGCAGCGGACGUCUAAGUGCCUACAACCCAGAUGUGGGGACACGUCUGGCUGGGAAGGAGUCUCCACAGCCCAACGGGGGGCCGAGCGAGGCUAUGUUCCUCCGCCAGCAGAAGGCGUAUCUCUACAUCAUCGGGGACAAAGCUCAGCUCAAGGGAGGGAAGCAGGACUCGUUCCAGCAGUGGGAGGUGGUCCCCAUUGAGGUGUGCGACGUGCGGCAGGUGAAGAACAGCUUCAAGAAGCUGAUGAAAGCCUGCGUGCCGAGCUCCUCGACCUCCGACCCCAACAUGAGCUUCCUGCGCUGCCUGGAGGAGUCCGAGUGGAUGGCGCUGCUCCAUAGGGUGCUGCAGGUGUCUGUCCUGGUGGUGGAGCUCCUGGACACGGGCUCGUCAGUCAUGGUCAGCCUGGAGGACGGCUGGGAUGUCACCACGCAGGUGGUGUCCCUGGUGCAGCUGCUCUCUGAUCCCUACUACAGGACAUUCGAUGGUUUCCGGCUCCUGGUGGAGAAGGAGUGGCUGUCGUUUGGCCACCGCUUCAGCCACAGAGGAGCUCAGACACUGGGCAGCCAGAGCAGCGGCUUCACCCCCAUCUUCCUGCAGUUCCUCGACUGUGUGCACCAGAUCCACCUCCAGUUCCCCAUGGAGUUUGAGUUCAGUCAGUACUACCUGAAGUUCCUGGCCUACCACUACGUCUCCAACCGCUUCCGCACCUUCCUGCUCGACUCGGACUACGAGCGCAUCGAGCUGGGAGUGCUGUACGAGGAGAAAGGCGAGAGGAAAAACCCUCAGGUGUGCAAGUCUGUGUGGGACUACAUCGACAGACUGAACAAGAAAACGCCCGUCUUCUACAACUACAUGUUCUCUCCUGAAGACGACGAGGUGCUGAGGCCGUACACCUUCAUCUCCAACCUGAAGGUGUGGGACUUCUACACGGAGGAGACUCUGUCCGAGGGGCCGUCGUACGACUGGGAGCUGAGGGGCAGGCAGGAGCGCGCGGCCGAAGAGACGGCGGAGAAACCCGACACCAGCGGGCCUAAAUCUCAACGGCACAUUGUAUGGCCGUGUUACGACAACCUGACCAAGGUGGUGCCCGACGCCAUCACCAAGCUGCUGCAGGACCUGCAGAGUCUGGAGGCCGAGCUGGGCCAGGCGACAGAUAAGUGGAAGGACACGUGGGAUAAAAUCAAGACCACGCAGAGGACAGAGACCAAGCUGGAGAGCAAGCCUUCCUUCUCCAGCUCCCUGCUGAUGUCAUCCAACCUGAGCCAUCAGCGGCGUUCUCAGGGCGUUUACCUGCAGGAGAGCGGUGUAGGAUCCUCCAUCAACCUGGCUCUGGACUGCGAAGCCAGCGCCACUUCUACGCCCGUCCCCGGUCGGCCGAGCACCAGCACCCUCUACAGCCAGUUCCAGAGCAGCGAGAGCGAGAACAGGAGUUUUGAAGGCAUUCUCUUCAAGAGAGGGGCGUUGUUGAAACCAUGGAAACCGCGGUGGUUUGUGCUAGAUAAGACCAAACACCAGCUCAGAUACUACGAGAGCAGGCAGGACAAGGAGUGCAAAGGAGUGAUCGAUCUGGCUGAGGUGGAGUCUGUCACCGCGGGAACGCCUGCCAUGGGAGCGCCAAAAAACAUUGACGAGAAAGCCUUCUUUGAUCUCAAGACGACCAAACGAGUGUACAACUUCUGUGCCCAGGACAGCCUGAAUGCACAGCUGUGGAUGGACAGUGUUCAGAGCUGCCUGUCAGACGCAUAGAGGCGAGGGGAGGAGCCUGUGACCACCGUGCUCUGUUCUGUGUUGAACUAAUGACGUUGCGUCACAAUGUUUCAGUGUUUUUGUUAUAAAAAGAAAAAAAAACACAAAGAACCACUCGCUGUCGUAGCUGCAGCAUGAACAUCCUUCCAGACCUGUAAGCCGCCACCACCCUCCUCCCCUCCUACUAACCUCACUGCCCUGCCGCACACUUUGGGGAGGAAUGACGGAGGAGCUGCAGUCGGCCCGGCCUCGUACAGACUUCGAGGGUCCGACGGCUCGUCGGUCAGCAGACGUUCUUCCUCUUUGGCUUCCGCUGCCUGAUGCAGCGCUCUCACGGCGCGUUCAAAGGAAGUUCAAGAGGAAGCGGCUGCAACGAGGGGGCUUGUCAACGGUUCAUGAAGGAUUUCCUUUCAGUUUUUUUUUUUGCUUUUUAAAAAAAUCUCAAAUUUGUACCAGGAGGAGGUCAACGCUCACCGGCUGUCCUCCACGUGUGGCAACGACACACUGUGAACGCUAUGAACCGCUCGCAGAGAUCAAACCCGGAGAGCCCAGCAGGUGUUGAGUGUCGGUGGACUCCUCGCCGACAGUGUUUACAGAGGUCCCCUCACUACGCUGCGCGCUAUUAACAUUCACACUCUGAAGGGAUGCUGAAGGAGACAAGGAGGGACUGCUUUAUGAAACAGGUAGAAGGAGACCCAGAAGGUGAGACGUUUAGAGGAGGGAUACCGAUGAACGGUGAUAUUAUGGGAUGGUCUAGAGAGACACACCGAGUGUGGGAGAGGAAACUCCCGUAUUUCUUUAACCGCUCAAAUUGUCUCGUGUCUGUUUGGACUCUGAGCUCUGCCAUGAAUCGCUUUGUUCACUCUGAUUCCCAUCGUAGUUUACGUAACGAGCGUCCUCCUCUACGACUGAGCGAAGCAGGUAAAUGCAGACGUGGUGACAUCGCUGCCUGCAGGUGCAGCCUUUAAAAUGACUCGUGUGACGUACGUGAGGACCGAUUCAACUGAACAUUUUGAAUAUUUUUAAAAGACCAGAACUUUGUCUCGAUGUUGUUGUUGGCAGAAGUUCCAAAUUUAAAAUGCGCCUCAGUCAGCACAGACACGAGACCGUAAGAGCUGUAAGUGAAAUACUGUCGUUUCCUGUGAUGAUGGCGGGGUGGUGAAGGUCACGCAGGUGUGUGUGUGAGAGCGCUGCUCACGAGUUUCCACGCUGUUGUGUUUACACGUGAACGUUCAGGCUUCAGCGAUGCAGCACGAGCGCCGUGGCCCUGGGAGCGCACGGUCGCUGUAGAGGUUUCAAACAUGGUUUAAUGUCAGCGGCUGUCUGUCCCUCCACGAGCAUCCAGCACUCUGACCCCCCGCUCUGUAAAAUAUGUCCUACUGCUGUCUUUGAACAGGUUUUUGUGCUAAUAACUCUUUUGUAUAUACUACUCCAGAUUUGUAUGUAAUGUUUAUGCUAGUAAUUUAUUUAACUUGUCUCCUCAGUAAAGUUCCUCAAGCACCACUUUAUUUUGAAAUUAGGAAUUCAAUGUGCCAUUUGUUUAUCUCUGUAUUAAUGUGACUAAUGCUUUCUGGAAAUGUAAACCCUUAGUGUCUUUUUUUUCUUUGUGUAAACACAGUUGUCCUUAAACAUGAACCAUUAACAUUAGAGUGGAAGGGGCGUGUUAGCGGCAGAGGAAGCCUCUUUACGCGCUGCUCGCCCACAGCGAUGGGACGAUGUGGACUAACAAAGGUCAGAGGUCAGGUGUUCCUGGUGCCGGGGUCAGCAGACUGGCUUGGUGCAUCGUUGUGAGAUUGAAGAUAACAAACACAUAGAAAUAUUCAUACUGAUUGACGCUGAUCCUGUGAAUAAAUUAUUCUAAUAAAAUCUUUUUUUUUUUAGUAUCUCCAGUCUGUUUGGUUGCCGUCUUCUUGGUUAAUAUUCUGAUGCUCCUCAGUUUAUUUCAGUAGGAUUUGCUGGUAUUAGCGGUGCGAGCAUGAUGAAAUGUUAUCAACUACCUAUAAAAGUCUGCAGGUUCCUGCGUCUCACAGACAGUGAAAGGUCAAACAGUCACUGCGAUGGUUUGGGUGAGGAACAGAUACCCGUAGGACGCUCGCUGCGUCCUGGUGUCGGCCCCAGCUCACCUUUUUCACUCUCGUUUACUCAUCUCUCAAAACAAACGGCUACAUCGCCCCAAGAAUAUGACAUAAUCAGUUUUAUUUAUUUGUUGUUUUUUUUUUAAUUAGAAAUGACCUUCUGAGCCGGGUUAUGUUGUCAAUCAUGUCGAUAUCGAGUUUUUAGAAUCCAAAUAAAAAACU